UGACGAGUCCUCAGCCUCCCAGAAAACCUCAAGCCACUUACCUGUCUCUGACAAUUGCUUUGGAAGCUGAACUUUGGGACCCCUUUGCAUCUUUCACAGCUGAGGCUCUGAAAUACUGGAGGACACUGCAUCUUCCUCAGGGACACAGAUAAGGGGGAGCUGGAUCGUCUGGGUUGCUCAGAAAGGAAUCGUGGUUGGUGGUCGCCUGAGGAACUUACCUUCACACCAAUGUUGCUCUGAAACGAGUUGUGUCCAACAUUCAGGUUUGGUAAGAUGCCUCAGGAACAGUACGCGCACCGGAGCACCAUGCAGAGCUCGGAAGGACCCCAGGUAUACAAAGUGGGGAUUUAUGGCUGGAGGAAGAGGUGCCUCUAUUUCUUUGUGCUGCUCCUAAUGAUUUUAAUCCUGGUGAACCUUGCUAUGACCAUCUGGAUUCUGAAGGUUAUGAACUUCACAAUUGAUGGAAUGGGGAACCUGAGAAUCACAGAAAAAGGUCUAAAGCUUGAAGGAGAUUCAGAAUUCUUGAAACCUCUCUACGCCAAAGAAAUCCGGUCAAGACCAGGCAACCCACUGUACUUCCAGUCUGCCAGAAAUGUGACAGUGAACAUCCUCAAUGAGAAGACUAAAGUCCUUACUCGCCUUGUAACAGGUCCCCAAGCAGUGGAAGCACACAGCCAAAAAUUUGAGGUGAAAACCCUCUCUGGAAAAUUGCUGUUUUCUGCAGAUGACAACGAAGUGGUGGUUGGAGCAGAGAGAUUGAGAGUUUUAGGAGCAGAAGGCACAGUGUUCCCUAAAUCUAUAGAAACUCCCAAUGUCAGGGCAGACCCCUUCAAGGAACUAAGACUGGAGUCACCAACACGCGCACUGGUGAUGGAGGCUCCAAAAGGCAUCGAGAUCAACGCCGAGGCCGGCAGCUUGAAAGCCACAUGCAGGACAGAGCUCAAGCUGGAAUCCAAAGAUGGAGAGAUAACGUUGAAUUCUGCAAAAAUCAAACUACCUAACUUGCCUCAAGGAUCUUCCUCUUCUGCAGGGUCCAGGCAAAAAAUCUACGAGCUCUGUGUGUGUCCCAAUGGGAGGUUGUUUCUGUCACAGGCAGGCACUAGCUCGACCUGCCAGAUAAAUACAAGCGUCUGCCUUUGAGAGACAAUUUGCAGUGGGGGCAUCGCAGGCAGCACAAAAGCCAGUUUCUGGUUUCACAGAUUGCAGCUGCCAACUAUUUUUACUAGAACACAGAAAGCCUAUCAAAGACUUUUUUUGUGUGUGCGCGCGCGUGUGUGUGAAUAUAUAUAUAAAAAUAUAUAUAUAAAAUAUAUAUAUAUCCUCUGUGUAAAAUGAUGUUUCAGUACAAGGAAUCCCAGGGUGACCCUGUUACAUUUGUGUAGCAUUUCUCUUUUCCAUACCAAAAUUUACUGGUACAAUCUGCUGAAUUGGAUUUGAUGCUCCCCUAGACCCUUCUGUAUUAAUAUAGUCUAAUGAGCACCCCUUGGUUUUGAUCAUGUUCUCAGAGCAGUGGGAUUGUUGGCUGGGCAAGACCCUGGAACCGAUAUAGACCCACCAACAUAUAAAGGGAAGAAAAGCAUCUCUGAUUAUUUUUGCACCAUUAAAUCAGUGGCAUGAAAAAACAAAAAGGGAAAAAAAAUUAGCUAUAUAUGAUGUACUCAUCACGUAGAGUGAUCCAAGAUACCUGAGGUUAAAUUACACUCCAAUUUUCAUCUGAAGCAUGGCUCCCUGCUGGGAGAGAUGGAUUGCUCUUGGUCAGUAGAAAAGUCCAAAGCUUCUUGCUUGGAAUAAUCCUGUAUUUUUCUGAGGGGCUUUGAGACUUGUCUGUGCAUGGCCAAGGAUGCCUUUUGCUAUUCAGAUCUGACGUAUCAACUCUAAGCCUGACCUAAAGUCAUCUCUGUGUAACAAAACUGGCAUUGCAUUUAGUUUUUGGAAGGAAAAUAAAAAAGUAGAAGUUGGAUUAACUAGAAAAAUCCUGAACAUCUUUAAUUGAUGAGUGUCCUGGAUCACUCUCCAUUAGCACUUAUAAUUUUGAGAAGAUUAGGUGUGAAGGUGUGAAGAUUUAAGAUUUAGACAUUGCCUAUACCUGUAGAAACAGAGAAAAUUACCUGUUCUACCCAUAGAAACAUACAGAUAAGGUGUGUAAUGUAGAUGCUAUGCCAGAAUUCUUGUCAUCUUUCUUUUCAGGAUAUAUAGUCCAAGGUCACUUAGAUUUGUUGGAGACUGCAAAUAUCAGAGAUGCUGACAAUGAAACAGACUUCUUUAAGGAUUUAUAAAGAUUGUAGCAAAGCAGAUUACUGAAAAGCAAGGGCUUUGGAUGCUGGUUCCUCUAGAAUUUGAGCCCCCAAAACUUUGUGGUAUAAUCUUUCCAUGGUUGCAUUUUUCCUUAUUUUAAAAUCUAGGAGUCACAGGUUAAAACAGAAAAUCUGAUCUGAUAACAUUACUUCCACUGUUCAAGUUUUGAAAACUAAAACUAGAAGAUCCCAGAUCAUUGAAUUCUGACCCAUAAUUGCAUCCCCAUGCAUAUAAAAAUCUCUGCUAAAUAAAUAUACUAAUUACUGCAAAAGUACCCAAGUUGCAGUAAAUGUCAUGAGGACACCAAGGUUUCUAAGCCACUGAGAUGCUUUUGAAAGUAUUACCUCAUGUGCAGAUAUGACAGAUCUGUGCCCAUCCCUAGUGAUGUCUGAGCAAAGCCAGUAUUCUUCAAGCGAUCUUCAAGAUAAAAUGUAGCUGAUAGAAAUCUUUGGAAAUAAUUUAGCCCAUUCUUUUUUAUAUAGAUUUCCACAUAUUUUAUUGCCAUCUGGAGAAUACCAGGGGUUGAUUUUUGUUUUAAAUGAACAAUUCUGGCUUAAUCCAAAACUGACUGGACUCAAAGGAAAGAUAUCUAUGGAGUUUAGUUUAGAUGUAUUGCUGCUAACCAAGCAGCACUCUGAUAAAAUUUAUUCCUGUGAUGCUUUCUGAUUAAUUAACAAAUCCAAACUAUUUGCUAAUGAAUGAUUCCUGUAAAUUAUUAUGUCUUGAGCCAAUGUUUGAAUGCAAAGGGUCACCCAGGAUAACAAUUGUAUUGGGACACAGGACUAUACCAUCUCUGUUCAAAGAGGGGAAUUGUGCCUAUGCCUUAAGUCAAUGCACUCAGCAAGGAGAAGCACAUCAUAUUUAUCUUGUUAUUAAAACUAGUUUAUUUGGGGGGAGGGACAGGAGGGUGUCUUGGGAACUGGUUGUGCAACUUAAAACAGAUAUUAAUGAAAUGCAUUAAGACUGUAGGGGCACCUAGAGUGAUACAGACUUUUUUUUUUUAUCAUGUUAAAUUUAGCAAAAUACUGUGUAUGUUACCUCUGGGACCACAACCGAAGUCCCAUUCAUAGUCCUACAUUUACUGUAGAUUUUUUUUCCCCCUGUUUCAUUUAAUACCGAUCACAAAUGUAGUGACAACAGCCGGAUUCAUAAACAAAUCCCAUGUGAGCAGUUGCGAAGACAUGUGCUGCAGAAAGAGUAGAAUCAAUCACAUUAACUUUCCCACCACUGAGAGAAUUCAUGCUGGUGAGGAAGGCAGGGCUGGAUGCAGGGACUGACCCAGCAGGGAGGCUGCAUCCUGACUUCCAUGCUCCACUCCUGAGAGGCCGGUGGCUCAGUCCUCAUCCCCGUGCACCCUCUGGCUGCUCUGCUGAGGAUUUCCAUCCCAACAAAUUAAUUUUGAGUGGCCGGUCUUUUCAGCUGGGCUCUUGGAUGAGGUUAUCACAUUCUAGUAUCAUGAGGGCCAUGAAACUGCUUAAGGACAUUUAUUUUGGUAUGAAUUUCUAUGGGGGAGCUGUUAGGGAACAACCUUAAACAUCUGUGCCAUCACUGCAGAUGCUUCUCUGAGGUGAACAAAGGGUAUCUUUAUUAUGUCUACGCAAAGGAGUUCUGGUUGUUUCAAUGUAUUUUGCAAUUAUAUAGCAUCUUAAAAUGCAUAAAAUUAUAUGUUGUGUUGAAAGACAAGGAAUUGUUGCUAGAAUGAUCUUGCAUAGAGACUUGUAAAUCAUUUGAGCCCCACUUGAGUUUUAAGAUAGUGGUUUAGAUAAUGCUGCCUUGCGCUUGUGUUGGCCACAUGAUUAGUCUCCUGCCGUUCAGUGAGUGGCAAACACAACUACAGGCUGAGCAGAGAAUGGAUUGAGAGCAGUCCUGAGGAGAAGGUCUUUGGGGUGUUGGUUAAUAAGAAGCUCAACAUGACCCAGCAGUGUGCACUUGCAGCCCAGAAAACCAACCAUAUCCUGGGCUGCAUCAAAAGAAACAUGACCUGCAGGUCAAGGGAAGGAAUUCUCCCUCUCUAUUCUGCUCUUGUGAGACCCCACAUGGAGAACUGUGUCCAGCUCUGGGGCCCCAAACAUAAGAAGGACACAGAUGUCUUGGAGUCCAGAUGAGUCCACGAAGAUGCUCCGAGGGCUGGAGCACCUCUGCUAUGGGGACAGGCUGAGAUAGUUGUGAUGGUUCAGCCUGGAAAAGGCUCCGGGGAGACCUUAGAGCAGUCUUACAGUGCCUAAAGGGACAACAAGAAAUCCGGAGAGGGGCUUUUGACAAGGGCCUGUAGUGACAGGACAAGGGGAAAUGGCUUUAAAUGGACAGCUAUUAUGAUGUAGAGAAUUCUCCAUUAUGUGGGUGUUGAGACCCUGGCACAGGUUCCCCAGAGAAGCUGUGGGUGCUUCAUCCUAAGCAGGAGAGUCCCUUUUCCUCCCACUGUGCUCAGAAAUCGCUCACAGUUGCUGUACCUGUCUGGGUUUUUUUUCCCUGAGUCCAUUUAAAUUAGAGCCUUCCUGGCUGGAAUUUAAAAAAGCGAUCAAGGGUUUGCAUGUAUUUCUUUGUGAAUUGUGCCUGCAGGUUAGUUCAGUUGAGCAUUUGCUAUUCGGGGAAAUGGUGUUUAUCUCAAGCCAGAUCUCUUCCCACCUAAGGCAGGGCUGGGGUGGAUGGUGAAUUUGUUUCUACUGAGCUCAAUGGAAGAGAUGCUGAUAACUUCGUGGCCUGAGCUGGGGCAGGAGCUGAACGGGUGACAGUUCAGGGACCGAACCCUGACUCAGCACUGUGUGCAGGUCUGCAUUGCAGCUGUGAGCACAAAAACCCCAUUGAAAUGCUAAUCUAGGGGCUGUCAUACUAAUGUCAAUAUACCUUAGGCAAUCAUGAAUACUGCAGUAUUCAUAAAUGCGUUCAUAUAUUGUAACUCUUAAACUUUAAAGGGCUUCAGGACCUUGUUAAAUUUGCUUUAAAUACGACACUUUAUUAAGAAGACAGGAAAAUGACUGUCAGUGCUCACUUGUACGCAGUACCUUAUCUAUAGGUAGUGUAUGACCCUUCAGCUCUCAUAGGUGAGUUAGGAUGGUUUUCUAAAACAAAAAGACUUUUCCAUUAGCAAAAGCAGAGAUCCUAAUGACUAUACAAGUGAAUCCAUUCUCCAAGUUUCUUUAUGGGUUGUUUUUCGGUUGGUUCUCUUCUUUUACACUUUCCAAGUAUAGUAUCCAGUGAGAUGGGUAGCUUUAGAAUACAAAGAAAUGUUAACACUUCUGUCAUCAAAAGGAUGUCAUAAAAAGGGCAUGCCAGUAACUACUAAAAUACAUAUAAAGCCUCUCCUACAUAUUCAUUUUUUGAUAACUAAAUAUGUGCAGGAGUAAUUUGUAUUUGGUUAUCUCAGUAGUGCUGUCAAACAGCUGUAUUUUAAGAGGCUUUUUUUUUUUUCUUGUUUAAUCAUAAAUAUCACAUUGCACAAACAAAAAAGUUUAAGGUGUAAGCCUAAAAAUACCAUCUGCAAUAUACGGUAGCAAAAUGAUGUCUAGAAGAAAAACACUCCCUAGAAAUUGCUCCAAGGUUAAAGAGAGAUUCCUGUGGAACUUGCGAAGAUGUCAGGUUAGUUCACAUCAUACCUAGUUUGCAAAUACAGAUGUUCUUAAAGGAAAUUAGCUUUUGUCAUCGUAAGAUGUGCUCAUACUGAUACAUAUAUAUUUACACACACACACAUAUUUGUUUAUAACAAAAGCCGAUAUUCUUUCUAUUUGUCGUUAUGGCUUUAAGUUUCACAUUAUAAAAGUGAAUGCGACAAAGACCAAAGACCUACAGAAAUUCAUCCCUUCUCUCGUUGCCCUCACACCUGAAAUGCAUUAAAUUUAAUGGUGCUUUUUGAACUUGGCAGGAAAAAUACAGGUUUAUCCUAAAGCUGCAUUUGAGAGAGUAAAGUGGCAGGAAGACUCUUAACUUCAUUAAUGGGGAGAAAAGGAAAUAAUGUGAAAAACCUUUCAAUGCGUGCAGAGGGCAAGGUUACCUAAGAUGUGAAAUGUAAAGAAAUAGCACAGAAAGCUAAAAGACAUCGUCCUGGGCUGGAGGUAUAAACAAACCGAGUAAAUGCUACUGGCUGUUCACUCACCUGCACUCGAGCAUUAGCUGACCAGGAGCUCCAGUAGCUGCUCAGUGAAGAAGAGUAACUGCUGCAAUGAUUUCAUUUUACAAGUGCAUGCAGUAAAAACAAAAAUAGUUAGAGGCUGUGCUCCUUUCUCUUUUUUUUUUUUUUCUUUUCUUUAUGGCUGACAUUUUACAUUUUGAAAUGUCAUCAUCCAGAAUUCACCAUAGCCAGUGCAGGGUGCAUUCCUGCAGAGCUUUGCCAAGCACUGGAUUUGUGCUUUUUGGAUGUGAAAAUACCAGCUUUUUUAUUGCUAGCGCUGUUGAGGAACACAAUCCUGGCAACAUCUCCAUUUUCCCCAUUUUAACCUUUUUCCUUGAUUCUGAAAUUGCUGUGUAAAAUUUGGAUAGCUGGUGUCCUGCCACACACGGGGCUGUGUGCAGAUUGCCAGCAACCCCUGAAUCCCCAUCAUGUCACUUCUCAGUCUCACAUGCCCCCAGAAACCAAAACCUGCAUGUGACCUGCAGUGGACUAAGGUGAAAUUAACUUAAAAGUUAAUUCUGCUCAGCAAUUGCUGUGUUUUCACAGCUGAUGUAGCCAACUUUGUGGCUGUGAGUGGAGCAGGGUUAAACACUGAUGGGAUGCUGAUGAGAUUAUUCAAGCAAGAGUGGAGCGUAUUAAACAAGGCAGGUAGGAGGGAAGGGGAAGAAAUGGUAAGAGACAUCACCCUAAUCACAGUAAUGCAGCAAACUUCUCUGUCUGUUUACACUAUUAUACUUUAAAUUAAUAACAUCCAUUUGACUAAAUAUGGUAGCAAUUAUGCUUGAUCUUUCAUGGCACACAGUGGAAUUACUGUCACUGAAACCACUUACAGCUUGGGCUGCUCGAGAUUGCUAGGGUGUUGUUUCUGUCCACAAUAACCACAGUGGCUUGGGGCUUGGAUGGAAAUUAUAGUGAAUAGCUUGUAUUUAGGAAGCUUUUAAGUCUGCUGUGGUUGAGAAGCCCAUGGUUACGCACGUAGAGGCUUGAGGCGUUAUCGUUUCAGACAUUCUUGUCCUGCCACUUGAAUUGUAUUGUGCCCUUGUGAAAAGUGAAACACUUACUUUCUUUAUACAGGAGAAGAUGGAUAUUUAAAGCUGCAGGAUUUUUAUUGAAUGAAGAAGAAAAUAUAGUCGUAGUGCACCACUGAGAUUUCCCAUCCAAGUCACUUUAAACUAGAGGUGCGAGUCCCUUAAAAAUUAAUUUGCUACAAGUGUAAUUCCUGUGGGAAAUUUAGCACUGGUGUCUCUCCCAGGAAAUGUCUCGCCUUGUUACAGCUCAAAGCCAUGCAGUGUCUGGGCUGCCUAUUCAGAGGAAGCCAGAUUCCCUUUGAGGCAACUCAUCUCCAUGGACUGAGGUUUUGUUAGUUUUUAACCAGUGUUAAAAAAUAGGAAGGGUAGGUCCACUGUGAAGCAAUACAUAAUUGUAUAUUUGUCUUAUUUGGCUGAAUCUUUCUGCCAGCAAGUGAACACAUGAAAAGGAGAAAUUUGUGCAAAAGUCUUACAUUCACAUUGUGCCCUGCCACCAAAUGUUUCGGCUAAAACCACGCAGCCUUAAACAAACAGGCUUUUCUUCUAACAUUAAAAAGGACUUUUUGGAGCCUUUCAUCAGGUCCUACCCAAAUGGAAAGUCUCACCAUUUCUAACACACUUGCCAUUACAGGAAUAGGCGCAUUGUAAAGCAUAGGUCAUGUGCAUCUUUGCAUGUAACAGGAAAUUUAAAUGGCAUUGUACUCUCACUUUUUUGCCCCAUUCAAAAGGCCUAACCACCGAUAGGAGAUAAAGUGUUCUGAAGCCUGCUACUGUUAAAUGCAUUAUCACUUUCUAAAGCAAUGUAAUUUCUUUGGUCUUUUAAAAACUUCCACAUAACGAAAUCCUUGAAACAUCUCGAGGCAGGCUCACGUUGGGGAGCAAAAGAAUAAUUAUUUGUGGGUGGUUCUAUUUUUAUUGAAGGCUGUAUUGUAAUUGAAAAGAAUGUUUCUGUUAGAGUUUCUCCCACUCUUACUUAGCUGCAAACACCACCACCUCGCAACACUAUGGCUAGAUUUCUCUAGGGUGGCUGCCUUAGAGCAAGGAGUUAGCUCCUUCGCUAAACCAGAGCCUGAUGAUUUUGUCUUCAUCUGGGUCCUCCUCUGAGCUUGUGCUCUGGGUCUCAGUGCUAUUAUUGAUGUAGUGGAUAGCAAAACACUCGGCAGUAUUAAUCAUUUUACAGAUGAUCCUGUCUGCAGUCUGAGUGGUAUAAAUAGUGCUGGUAGUUGUUGGUUGCUGUUCUGACAAGUCUGGCCACGUUGAAAGCAACUCCAGAAGGCACAGCCGAGUAGGUCUUCAAGCCGCCUCUGCUUUGUGCUUGUUAAUACCUGUACAGCAUUGAGGGGUUGCCAUGGGGGUGGUACCCUGGUACUCUGCCUCCCUCUGGGAAGCCUGAAGGAUGGAGGAGGCUGGUGGGUGCCUUUGCUCUUUCUUGUUUAUCUUAUCUUCAUCCCAUUACCAGGUCCUCUGCACUAGAACUAGCAGCAAGGCGUGAUGCUUGCCUUGGGAAUCUGGGCUGGAGCAGUGCAGCAGGGCUAUUCGCAGCACAGGGGCUUGACUGUAGCUGGUGUAAAUCCAGAUUUGGGUCUAUUUAACUUACUAAUAGCCUAUACCACCAAAGGGUUAAGGGUUUGGACCCAAAGAUUUGACACCUUUUGCGAAAUCAAAAUAAGAGUUUGGCAGCCCUGUCUGUAUCACAGCCGAGGUGCUCCUGGGCACAGCAUGGGACACAGGACUCCUCGAGGCUCUGGGUUUCCUUAUCACAUGGGUGCAGGUAAAGAGCUGUGGCAAGUCUUCCAUCACUGCCAGCUCAAGCUGCUGCCUGAAAAUUGAGGCUUGUUCAUCCAGCUUCUUUCCUUGACACCACCAUGAACCAUGCUGGAGUUUCACAGGGCAGGUGUUGAUGAAGGAAUUCACUUUCUUGUCCCCUUUUGUGGAUUAUCAGAGCGAGCACAGAAGAUGAACAAAUCCUGCCCUUGCUCAGCAGAGUAAGAGCAUGCCAGAAUAAAGAUCAGAUCUGAGCAGUUGUCAUCUACUGUAUUUAUUGAAGGAGGGCUCAGCAGACAGCAUUCGCACCCAGAUUCCUCCCUAGGUGAUAGCUUUUCUCAAGCUGCAACCCAGAUCUCCGUCUGGAUCUGCACUAUGCAGUAGUCUAGGAAUAAGGAAGGGAUUGAUUUGCUGGAUCUGACAGAUCCAGAUCCCUGACAGAUCCCUUUGGGUUUUGGUUUUGGGUUCUUUUGCCCACCCCUUAUUAGAAUUAGUUUCCUUGUGCGCAGAUGCCAAUAGAGUUGUCAAUAUUAACACAACAAAUGCUCCGUGUAGGUAGACCCAACAGCAAAAGAACAUUCAGUGCGAGUCAAAGCAAACCUCAUUCAUUUACAGCGGUAACAUAAACGGCAUGACCCACAUGCUAUAGCAGUUUUCAUCUGUGAUGGUAAAAUACCUUGUGUGACCUCUACUCCGAUAACCACCAAUGACCUUGAUCGUGUAAACAGGACAAAAUGAAUUUAAAGUCGUAUCACAGUUCUCAUUAAGAAAUUCAGAUUUGUUUGGCUUUUUUUCUUUUUAAUUUAUGUAUGUGUGUGGUUGUGUGGGAAAAUAUAAAGCUUUUUUGUAUCAAAUAACAUCAAUCCUUGCACACUCUAUGCAAAAUUUUGUAAGCAUUGCAAUAAUGCUAUGAAUUACACAAGGAACUAUUUUAACUUUAUUACACUUUCUGUAUAAAAAAAAAAAUUUGUAUUUAAAUGAUUUCAACUGCAAUCUUGUAAAAUAUAUUAAUAAAAUAA